CUCUAUACUAGGCGCUCCACAUGACCAUUCUUAUGGUGCCGACAUUUGUGCAAAACAAACGAGAAAAAAAAAUCUCAAGUAUAAUAACAACAAACUUUAAAAAAAAACGUGGUGCCUAAGAAACACAUUAACAAACUAAAACAGGAGACGACUAAGCAACUCAUAAACAAUAUACCACGAGUAACAAAAUGAGCUUGAUAUCGGGUUGUCAAACAGUAGUGAUGAUCAAGCAACUCGUAUAAUCAAGUGGCCAUCUUGGUUCUGGUAGCAGCGAGUGAGCGAGCCUAUAAUUAGAAGGGAUAUAUAAUACACACUAGCUUAUAUUUUUUUUUGUAUUGAUCGGUUCGGUAGAUACCGAUCUCAAUCUCGUAAUCUGUAAUAUCAAAUAACACAUGAGAUUCAAUCCCAACCUCCUAAACUAAUACGUGCAUUUCGAUGAUAACAAAAAUACCAAUAAAAUUCAAUACGGUAUUCGGUAUAUCCCAAACAGCGAUACCAAAAACUUCCCACGCGCUAUAUGCCGCCAUACAGUCUCUGUAGUUUCUGAAGUCUGAACCGCGGCUGCAUAUGUUGACUCUUCAAUACACAUAUUAUUAUAUUACUUGAAGCCCACACCUCUUCUCCAUCAAUUCCUCCACACUAUGCUGCGCUCUUCCUGCUGCUUUCACAACCUUAAUUAGCUAACAUACAUAAGUACACCUUACUACACUCACAAUCUCGCACUCCACAUUUUGCACCCUUCUUUCAAAAUCUCUCCUUCUGCCGCUCUAGACCUUCCAAGAAAUGGAAAUCUUCGGCACCAAAAUCCACAGCACGAGGGACAGAUACUGGAGAAGCAAACGAUAUCAAAAGCUACAAGACGGCGCGACCCGUAACAAGAACGUCCGCAUAGCCAGGCUCGGCGAUAACAACAAAGGUGGAGGCUAUAAGUUGGUGUGGAAGAUCAAGGUGGUGCCGAAGCUGCGGCUGAGAGUCGUGGCGGCGGCGCCGGUGAAGCUGGCGGCGAGGCUGAAGAACGGCUACAUGGACAUGAUGGUGAGGCUGGCCGGCAGCGUGGGGUAUUUGAAUACCCAGAUGGUGUUUGGGAACAAGAGGAUUCCCAAGGCUAGGCAGGUCCGGAUGUCUGCAACCGACGAUCAGUUCCAGAGAAGGAUCGUUUACGAGAUGCUCAAGAACAUUUCAGCAGCGCAUGAAUUGAAUCCCAUGUAGGUUGUUGCUAGCUAGCUAGAUUGUAUAUCGAGAUGGAUCAUCACUCUUUCGGGUUUCUUGGCUUAUUCGUUUGAUGAUGACAAUUAAUGGAAGUUGCUUAUUCGCACCGGCCAGUCAAAAAGUACUGCGAAGUAGGUGACAAAAAGUAUCAUGUGAUAAACCUUCCCUUAAGGAAAACAUCUCUUGUCACGUUAGGUGCCAAAACACCUAAUGUCAAUUUAUUCACGUAUUUUUUUACUCAUUCACGUCAUUUUGUGUGUAUUCACGUAAUACUAUGUUUAUUCACGUAAGAGUGUAAGUUAUUCACGUAAAUGAAAAUUCAGACUUUUU